AUGGGCAAUUUAUUCGAGAAACUAAAAAACUUUUUUUCGACAUCCAAACUUGAAGUAUGUAUGGUUGGAUUGGAAAAUGUAGGAAAGACAACAAUGCUUAAUUAACUUUCAAUGGGUGAUCCUUCGUUCACUGUGCCCACAGUAGGAUUGAAUGUAAAGACUGUGAAAAAAGGAGGAGUGACAAUGAAAAUAUGGGACAUUGGAGGAUAAGUUUAAUAUCGACCAGAAUGGGGUAAUUAUGCUCAGGGUUGUGAUGCAAUAAUAUUUCUUGUUGAUACUUCAAAUCAAGCAACGCUUGGAACAUCAAAGAAAGAAUUGCAUAAUCUAUUAGAUAAUAAAUCCCUGCGUAAUAUUCCACUUUUAGUGAUUGGAAAUAAAAUAGAUGUAAAUCCACAUUUGAAUGAAAAGCAAUUGAUAGAAGGUCUAAAUUUGGAUUACAUAACAUCUAAUGGAUGGGCAGUUGCUAUGUGCAGUGCUUUGACUGGAAAUAAUAUAACGUAAGUGGUCGAUUGGUUAAUAGCGAAGUCUAAGAAGCUAUGA